GCUGCUUUCAAGAGAGGGGGAAAGAGCCGAGGGGUCUGGAAAGAGGAUCUUGUCUCCCACAUACCCCUGCUGCUUUUGACACACCGGCCUCUCCGAGAUAGGCUUUGCCAGUGUUGAGCUUUAGACGAAAACUGGGGACGCUGUUCCUUUUAAAUUGGAAAACCGCAGCAGAGCUAAACUGUCGUCUGAAAAGUGCCCCAUGGUUCCAUCUCAGGCUAGGCGUCUGGGUACCGUGAGGAGCCGCCCAGGGUGACCUAAGUAAACAUACCUUUCUGGAAGACAAAAGACGUCAGGCUUUGGUACCAAAGAAAAAUCUUACAUCUGAGGAAGCAUUAGUCAAGGCCUAUUGGAAGCAGGAAGACAGCAGGAUACAGGCCGUGGCUAAGCUGUGCUCCAUUCCACCUAUAAAGAACCCUGGAGAAAAUGUGGCAAGGAGCGAUCAUGGGCCUCUUUCUGGCGAUCCUGAGUCUCCGCAGAGACAUUAUCGCUGGUGAGCUGAUCUGCGAUUGUGAUAACACACGGUGUCCCAACAGUAGCACUUGUUCAGGGAAGUUGUGUUUUGUAAGCCAGCAUCAGGAGGAUGGGGAAAUUAUCCAUGGGAAAGGAUGCCUGAAGGUCGACAAGUAUGAGUUGUGCAAGGGAUCCUUUACCAACAUCUAUGGCAUGAUAUGCUGCAAGUCCAACAUGUGCAAUUUGAAUCUCCAUAUCCAGUUGCCAACUGAAAGUCCGCCUGAAGAGGAGGGCCUGUCUCUUCGGAACCUUCUCCUGAUGAUCCUGGUUCCAUUGUUUGCCCUUCUGCUUCUCGCUGUAUUGGUGGCGCUCUUAAUUCGGAAGGUGGUCCAGAGCCGGCGGAGACAAAUGCAAUUUGGGUCCUGUGAACUGGGGGACAUGGAUUUCAUGUUGAAGGCCUCCAUAGUUGGUGACAGCACCUUAGACGACUUCCUGGAUGAUGAGUGCACCACCGGGAGUGGCUCUGGGCUGCCCUUCCUCGUCCAAAGAACUGUGGCUCGGCAGAUCACCCUGCUUGAAUGCGUUGGCAAAGGACGCUACGGGGAGGUGUGGCGCGGUUCGUGGCAUGGGGAGAACGUGGCUGUCAAGAUCUUCUCUUCCCGGGAUGAGCAGUCGUGGUUCCGCGAGACGGAGAUCUACAACACAGUGCUGCUGCGGCACGACAACAUCUUAGGAUUCAUUGCCUCUGACAUGACGUCAAGGAACUCGAGCACACAGCUGUGGCUGAUCACGCACUACCACGAGCACGGCUCUCUUUACGACUACCUGCAGUGCACCGUGCUGGAUGUGGAGACCUGCCUGCGCUUGGCCACCUCCAUCAUCUGCGGCCUCCUUCACCUGCACGUGGAGAUCUUCGGCACCCAGGGCAAGCCGGCCAUUGCUCACCGUGACCUCAAAAGCAGGAACAUCCUGGUCAAGAACAACAGGCAGUGCUGCAUUGCUGAUCUGGGUCUGGCAGUCAUGCAUUCCCAGAGCAGCGAUUACUUGGACAUUGGGAACAACCCACGGGUGGGCACCAAGCGCUACAUGGCCCCGGAGGUUUUGGAUGAACAGAUUCGUAUGGACUGCUUUGAAUCCUUCAAGCGGACCGAUAUCUGGGCAUACGGCCUCGUCCUCUGGGAGAUCGCCCGGAGAACAGUCGUAAAUGGGAUCGUAGAAGAUUACAAGCCGCCUUUCUUUGAUAUGGUGCCAAUCGACCCCAGCUUCGAAGAGAUGAGGAAAGUGGUUUGCGUUGACCAACACACCCCCACCAUCCCAAACCGGCUGUACUCUGACCCGACUUUGUCUGCUCUGGCUAAGAUCAUGAAGGAAUGCUGGUUCCAGAGCCCCUUGGCCAGACUCACAGCUUUGAGGAUUAAAAAGACACUGAAAAAACUCAGCAACUCCUUCGACAAACCCAAACAGGACUCCUAACUGCAGGGACCAGCAGUGGGACCAGAGAUCAAAUUUCUGACUCAUUGGCUCAGCAAGAAAGUUCAAGGUCACCCCCUUCAACUUCCAGUGCUGGUCCUUCUGGCCUCCGUCAGUGGCUACAGCAAACCUUGUUUGAAAUCUGGCCAAGAGGAUUUGGGUUAGAGCCCCCAUGACUAGGCUUGAUCCUUUGCAGGAAAAAAUUCAUGGAACAGAUGACGGCUUCAGGCGUCCUUAAUUUGUUUUCUCUUGUAAAAAAAAAAAAAACGGGGGGAGGGGACACCCACUUCUCCUAGAACAUACAUUAAUAUAAAUACCCCCUGGAUCUGUAACCUGACGCCAGCCUGUCUCGCCACCAACGCUUGAAAAAUGGGAGUGAUCAUACUUGGAAAGAGCACAGCUGCUUUGCCCAAAGGGGUGCUGCCUUGGAAACACCAAUUAAGGGUCAUUCAUAAGCCAGGGUUUAGAAUGAGCCUGUA